AUGCAGAGGAUGUGGCCGGGGGUGCCCCCCCCGCUGGCGCUGCUCCUGGCCCUGUUGGUCGCCGCCCCCUCCUCCCCUGGCCCCGCCCCCUCCUCCCCUGGCCCCGCCCCCUUUGCCGGCCCCGCCCCCGCCGGGUGCCGCCGUGCCCGCGGCCCCGCCUGCGCACGCGCGCGCCCCGCCCCCGCCCUGGGCGCGCUCGGCCGCGGCUUUGACGUCACCAAGAUGGAGAUGGCGGCGGGGCGGGCCCUGGACAUCGGGGACACGGGGGACACCCUUGGGGACACCCUUGGGGACACCUGGGAUGGAUGGGACGGACACGGGGACAUUGGGGACACCUGGGAUGGGGACACCUGGGACGGACACGGUGACAGUGGUGGAACCUGGGAAACCCACGGGGACACCUUGGGCCUUGGGAAACAUGGCGGCCCUGGAGGUGACAGCGGUGGCCGUGGUGGCCCCGGGAGUGGCCAUGGCGGCCCCAUUGGUGGCUCCGGGGUUGGUUCUGGUGGCACUCGGGGUCGUCACGGUGGCCCUGGUGGCAGCUGGGGUGACAAUGGUGGGAUGAGGGGUGGCUCUGGUGGCCCCGUUGCUGUCCCUGAUGGCUUUGAGGGUGGCCCUGGUGACAGCGAUGGCCCCAGAGGUGACAAUGACGGUGUCCCCCGGGGUGGCCGCAGGUGUCUCCUGUGUCCCGACGCCCUGCACUCGAUGUCGCCCCGCCGCGUCCCCUCCGCCAUUGGCGGCUGGCGCUCCGGCCGCCGCUGCCGCCGCCAGUCCCGGGUGGCCGCGGGGGCGUCGGCCGUGGGCACGGCGGUGACGUCAUCGGUGACCAAGGGGUGGAGCUUCGGGGUGUCGUGGGGCAGGGGGCGGGGCCUGGGCGUGCUGGGGGAGGGGUCUCAGUCGCGCGUGGCGCAGGAGGGGCUGCGGUGGCAGCGGCAGGACCGGAGCGCCCUCAGCUGGCAGGAGCUGGUGUGCACAUUCUAUUGGACGUGGCUGGAGCCUUCGGCCGCUCGCCCCUCGCCCUCGUUCCUGCGCGCCGUCCGGUCACUCCCGCCGCACUUCACUCCGGCCACGGCCGGACUCUACGCCGAGCUGGUGUCCGGCUGGGGCACCCACGCCGUGGUGGCCGCGCGCCUGGGCGGCCGGCUCCGGACACUGACCGCCGUCCGGCUGUGCCGCGCCGCCAUGGCCGGAGUGGGCGCGCAGGAGGCGUCCGACUGCCUGCGGACGGAGCUGACCUUCGGCCCGGCCGGAGGGGCCCGAGCGGCCGCGUGCCGGACGUCCGGCGCCGCCACCGAGGGCAACGUCAGCUUCGGCGAGUUCUUCGGCCAGCGGCUGCUCGAGGUGGACGGCGGCGCUGACCGCGACGGCGACCUGGCCUUCGGGCGGCCGCAGGACUUCGGCCGCUGGCUCAAGGGCGUCCCCGCGGCUCCGGCCGUGGUCGAGGCCGACCUUUGGCCGCUGGACGCGCUCGUGCCGCGGAGUGACCCCCGGCGGCGGUCACUGCGGGCGGCCAUCAGGAGUUAUGUGGCGGCCAAAGCGCUCAGGGUCAACUGCUCCUGCGGCCGGAGUGGUCAGCAAGGUGACCGCCUGAGUGACCACCUGAGUGACCACCCGUGCCACUGUCCGUGCUCGGCCACGCCCCUUCCUGUGGGCGGGUCCCCGUGCUGCCCCGCCCACCGCGGCCUGGCGCACCUGUCCGUGAUGAUUCUAGGUGGCCGGGGGUGGCGUGGCGACCUGCUGACCGCCACGGACGCCUACGUCCGCGUGUCCUUCGCUGACCGCCGCGCCCGCACGUCCACGGCCUGGAACUCGGACCGGCCGCGCUGGGGUCAGCGGCUGGACCUCGGCGUGGUCACUCUGCGGCCGGGGGCGCAGCUGGAGCUGCAGGUGUGGGACGAGGACCAUGGAUGGGACGAUGACCGGCUGGGCUCGUGCCAAUGGCCGCUGACCGCCGGCCAAUGGCCGGAGCGCUCCUGCUUCCCCGGGGGUGGACGCUUGGACUUCGGAGUGACCGCUGAGUGCGGGCCGGCGCUGGCCGGAGCCCUGUGCCACCAAUACCGGCCGGCCACGCCCAGGGGCGGGGCUGGCGUGGUGGGCGGGGCCCCGUGGCCGCCCGAGGCUGCUGAUUGGGCGGAGUUUGUGGAGGAGGAGGAGCCAGAGGAGGAGGAGGAAGGGGCGGGGUUUGUGCAGAGAUUCUUUGAGGUUCUUCCAGAAGGUUCCGCCGGGGGAAAAAAACCCAAAUUUGGCCCAAAAUUGGCGUCCCCAAAACCCCAAAAUUUGUCCCGGUUUGAGGAGGGUGGGGAUGAAGAUUUUGGCAGCAAAAAGGCCAAAUUUGGGGAAAAUUUGGGGUCAGGAAAAGCCCAGAAAUUGUCCCAGUUUGGGGAGGGUGGGGAUGAAGGUUUUGCCACCAAAAAAACCAAAUUUGGGGAAAAUUUGGGGUCAGGAAAAGCCCAAAAAUUGUCCCAGUUUGAGGAGGAGGAGGAUGAAGGUUUUGGCACCAAAAAUGCUAAAAAUGCCAAAUUUGGCGCGUUUCGGGAGGGUGUUGGGAAUGACCACAAAAAUCCCAAAUCUGACCCAAAAUUGGGGUCUCAAAAAACCCAAAAAUGGGCUCAGUUUGGGGAGGAUGAGGAUGGUGAGGAUGAAGAUGAUGAAAAAGCAAAAAAUGCCAAAAAAACCAAAUUUGGGCCAUUUUGGGAUGGGAUAGAAAACGACCCCAAAAAUCCCAAAUUUGGGGAAAAUUUGGGGUCACGAAAAGCCCAAGAAUGGUCACAAUUUGAGGAGGAUGAAGACGAAGAUUUUGGCACCGAAAAUCCCAAAUUUGGGCCAUUUCGGGAGAGUGUUUGGGAUGAAUCCAAAAACCCCAAAAAUCCCAAAUCUGACCCAAACCUGGGGUCCCAAAACCCCCAGAAAUCCGCCCAGUUUGGCCCAGUUUGGCCCCAGUUUGACGAGGAUGAAGAUGAGGAAGACGAAGGCACCAAAAAAGCCAAAAACCCCAAAUUCGGCCAAUUUUGGGAAGGCCCAAAAAAGGGCUUUUGGAAGAGCACCAAAAACCCCAAAUCCCACCCAAAUUUGGGCUCUCACCAACCCCCAAAAUCCUCCCAGUCUGGCCCAGUUCAAUCCCAGUUCGGUGACGAAGAUGACGGUGAAGACGAAGGCCCCAAAAACCCCAAAUUUGGCCAAUUUUGGGAGCUCCCGGAGGGCUCCAAAAAGGUUUUUUGGGAGCGCCCCGAAAACCCCGAAUCCGCCCCAAUUUGGGGCUCCCGAAAAGCCCCGAAAUCGGCCCGGUUUGGCCCAGUUUGGUCCCGGUUCGGUGAGGAUGAGGAUGAUGAGGAUGAGGAUGAUGAAGAAAUCAGCGACGCCGAAUUUCAGCGACUUUGGGACCUGGCCGAGGAAAACCCCGAAAACCCCGAAUCCGACCCAAUUUGGGGCUCCCGAAAACGCUCCCGGUUUGGCGAGGAUGAGGAUGAUGAAGAUGAUGAAGACGAAGGCCCCAAAAACCCCAAAUUUGGCCAAUUUCGGGAGCUCCCAGAGGGUCCCAAAAACCCCGAAUCCGACCCAAAUUUGGGGUCCCGAAAAGCCCCGAAACCGCCCCGGUUUGGCCCAGUUUGGGGAGGGUGAGGAUGAGGAUGGUGAUGGUGAUGGGGGGGGGAUGAAGGCUCCGAAUUUGGGGCCUUUCAGGGCCCCUCCCCCACCCUGAGGAGGGAGGGGAGCCCGAAAAUUUGGGGGGAGGGGAAAUAA